AUGGUGGUUGGGUACCAUUUCAUUGCUGCAACGCUGAAUUUCCUGCUUCCUAAUGCACUAUGUUUCAAAGGAAGUUCCUCUUCCUUCUAUAAAAUGCUGAGUGGCACUGCAAAAGCAAACAAACUGUUUUUGAUUUGGGCUAAGCCCAAGGUUAUCAGAAACGCUUUCUCGGAUCAAACCCAAGGGCAGCUAGUGAUUGCUUUUGCUAGCAUGACAUCAAGUAAUCUAUUCUUUGAUGAUAUACGGAGCAAAGUUGAUGUUGAUCCUCCUCAAAAUGAAGAGUCAACAGAUGUUGGUGAAUUCAUAAAUGAUCCUGCACUUAAACCUAAUGGUACUGUUUCAAGCAGUGUUCGUGAGCUCUUAGAGUGCCCUGUAUGCUUGAAUGCAAUGUACCCUCCAAUCCAUCAGUGUUCAAAUGGUCACACAAUAUGCUCUGGUUGCAAACCCAGGGUCCAUAACCGGUGCCCUACUUGUAGGCAUGAGCUUGGCAAUAUCAGAUGCCUGGCAUUGGAGAAAGUGGCUGCAUCUUUGGAACUUCCCUGUAAAUAUCAAGGUUUUGGGUGCAUUGGUAUAUAUCCAUAUUACAGCAAGCUAAAACAUGAAUCACAAUGUGCAUAUAGACCUUACAACUGCCCAUAUGCUGGUUCAGAAUGCUCUAUUAUGGGUGAUAUACCCUACCUGGUGGCUCAUCUGAAAGACGACCACAAAGUGGACAUGCACAAUGGUAGCACUUUUAACCAUCGCUAUGUCAAAUCAAAUCCACAAGAAGUUGAAAAUGCCACUUGGAUGUUGACGGUCUUCAGCUGCUUUGGUCAGUAUUUUUGUCUACAUUUUGAAGCUUUUCAGCUAGGAAUGGCUCCUGUCUACAUAGCCUUUUUGCGGUUUAUGGGUGAUGAUAAUGAGGCAAAGAAUUAUAGCUACAGUUUAGAGGUAGGUGGAAAUGGGAGGAAGAUGAUUUGGCAGGGGGUGCCUAGGAGCAUCAGGGACAGCCACCGCAAGGUUCGGGACAGUUUUGAUGGUCUCAUCAUUCAGAGGAAUAUGGCCCUCUUUUUUUCCGGCGGUGACCGAAAGGAAUUGAAGCUGAGGGUUACUGGUAGGAUUUGGAAAGAACAAUGA